UCCCCCCCGGUUCCCCCCGGCCCCGGCCCGCCCCGUCCCGCCCCGGCCGGCUGCGGGGCGUGCCCGGCGGUGGCCAUAUUGGAGCCAUUCCGCCGCCAACACCCGCGGCGGACACAGCCCCGGCCAUGGCCGCCACCGAGCUGGAGCGCUUCGCGAAUGAAGAGAAGAGGAACCUUUCCCUGGGGGGCCAUGUGGGCUUCGACAGCCUCCCGGAUCAGCUGGUCAGCAAGUCCGUCACGCAGGGCUUCAGCUUCAACAUCCUCUGCGUGGGCGAGACGGGCAUUGGGAAGUCCACGCUGAUGAACACUCUUUUCAACACCACGUUCGAGACGGAGGAAGCCAGCCACUACGAGAGCGCUGUUCGCCUGCGGCCGCGCACCUACGACCUGCAGGAGAGCAACGUGCACCUGAAGCUCACCAUCGUGGAUGCGGUUGGAUUCGGGGACCAGAUAAAUAAAGACGAAAGUUACAGGCCAAUCGUUGAGUACAUUGAUACGCAGUUUGAAAACUAUUUGCAAGAAGAGCUGAAAAUCCGCCGUUCCCUCUUCAACUACCACGACACGAGGAUUCACGUCUGCCUGUACUUCAUCACGCCCACCGGGCACUCGCUCAAGUCCUUGGACCUGGUGACGAUGAAGAAGCUGGAUAGCAAGGUGAACAUCAUCCCGAUCAUCGCCAAAGCAGACACCAUUUCCAAGAGCGAGCUGCACAAAUUUAAGAUCAAGAUCAUGAGCGAGCUGGUCAGCAACGGUGUGCAGAUCUACCAGUUCCCCACAGAUGACGAAGCAGUCGCUGAGAUCAACUCGGUGAUGAAUGCUCAUCUGCCCUUCGCUGUGGUCGGCAGCACGGAGGAGGUGAAGGUUGGGAACAAGCUGGUGAGAGCUCGGCAGUACCCGUGGGGAGUGGUGCAAGUUGAGAAUGAAAGCCACUGCGACUUCGUGAAGCUGCGAGAAAUGCUGAUUCGAGUCAACAUGGAGGAUCUCCGGGAGCAGACCCACACCCGCCACUACGAGCUGUACAGGAGGUGCAAACUGGAGGAGAUGGGCUUCAAGGACACGGACCCGGACAGCCAGCCCUUCAGCCUACAAGAAACAUAUGAGACCAAAAGAAAAGAAUUCUUGGGUGAGCUCCAGAAGAAAGAGGAAGAAAUGAGACAAAUGUUUGUUAACAAAGUCAAGGAGACGGAGGCAGAGCUGAAGGAGAAGGAGAGAGAGCUGCACGAGAAGUUUGAGCACUUGAAAAGGAUACACCAGGAGGAGAAAAGGAAGGUGGAGGAGAAGAGGAGGGAGCUGGAAGAGGAGAUGAAUGCCUUCAACAGGCGGAAAGUAGCGGUGGAAACCUUGCAGUCCCAGUCCUUGCAGGCUACCUCACAGCAGCCACUGAGGAAGGACAAAGACAAGAAGAACUUUUUUAGUCUUCCCACUGCGUGCUCCAUAACAACAGGAAGACAUGUUAAUUAGAAGAUUUAUUAAGGCCAAAACAUCUCAUGCAGAAGAAAUUAAUUGGUGCUUUCACCUUUAAGCUUGCCAUAUAUUGCACAGAAGAGAUUAUAUAGCAAGGACUAAGAUGCUCUGUGUCUUCUGAUUGGGAAAAGUUUGCUUGAUCAGGUUUCUUGAUCAAGGCAAAAUCUGAGGUACUUGCCAAAAGAUAAAUUGCUAAUUAAGGCUGAUGCAUGGCUUGCACUGAAACCAAAACACUAAUCUCGGGGUGAGAGCCUGGACGAGGCACUUAACACUGUAACUAAACUUCCCAAGGGAAGGGGAACGAGGUCGGGUUAGUCCGAGACAAGUUUUCGGCUUGCUGCUUGAGCUGCCACUGUAAUGGGAUUUUCAUUUGUUCCUCUCCUCGGUCUGGUUUUGGGCCGUAACCUGAGAACCUCCUAACGCCCUUAACGCUUCAGCCGGGCUCUGGUGUUCCUUAGCAAUAACUCUUCCAUGUAGCUUUUUUUCCUGUAGACUUACAGGCUUUACAACCUAAAUCCCCAAGCCUCAAUUUGUUCAGUUUUCCUAGGGCUGUAACCCCCGUGCCUCACACUUAACCCCUCUCCAAAGCCCCCCUCGCCCUUACUUCGGUUACCGGCGCUCCUGCCUGGCCAGCCCGGACUCCUGCAGCUCCUGCUGGGACGUGCUGGGUAAGAGCAGAAACAUCCUAAAGGACAACUAAAUAAUUCGGUAACAGAGGGGAAAUGCUUUAAAGCUGGAGUCUCGGCAUUCCAGGCUUUAUGUUCUGCAUUUAUAGCAGACCGACUUCCCCUUACAUAAAUAACUUGUUUAAAAAAAACUCUUGGUGUUUGUGUCCCAGGCUAACUUCUCAAAGGAACAGGGCAAGGCCCUAGUUUACCUUCAUUUUAAACAAACUUGUAAAUGAAUCUCAGGAAUGACCUGCUUGUACCAAAGUUGGGUUUAAUAAAAAUAGAACUGACAUGUUUAACAAACAUCUGUUAAACGCGUUUUGUACGCUAAUUAUAUUCACUGGAAGAACACAGUGCUUUGUCCAAAUUCACAAUCCUCGCGGUUGUUCCAGCUUCCCUCUGUUAACCCCCUUGUCCCGUGUGUGCUGGAUGUGCUCCUACUGCCAGCAGCCCCCUGUGCCACGGCUGGAGGUAACGGCCGAGCCCACGGGGCAUCUCUGAAUUCUGGAAAGAAAAUCACCCAAGUCUGUUGUUAGGCACACUUGAAAUCUUCAGCUGCUCCCCUGAUCUGCACCAUGCAAGUUUUUGCGUUGCGUUUUCUUUUCAUUUUUUCAAAAAAAUCUUUUUUCAAACUCACAGCAGAGAGAGGCCAUCCCUGCUGCCCACAGCUCCUCUGAAGGGCAAGGAAAGGUGUUCGUACCUGGCACAGGUGGGAAGGAGCCAGCACAGCGCUGUGUCCACCUCACUCUGGGAGCUGCUGGGGCCUCUGCAGUCAUAGUGAGGUUGCUUUAGGUUCAUUUUCUCCCUGGUGGUGAUCGCUGCAGGGUGAUGGUAGGCGAGGGGAAGAGAUCCUCCUGUAGCUUGCCGUGUUUCCAAAACGCAGAGCCCAGGCAGGCAGCUGGGCUGUGCUCACACCCCAGGGAGGGGGAGAAAACAGCCCUUCAGCCAGGUCAGGGGAAUUCACCCUAAGAGCUCAUCGGAAGUGCUGUGUAAAUGUUCUCUUGUUUACAAGGACUGAGCAUUCCCCAAACAAACCCCACAAAACCGGCCCUCAGCACAUCGGGUGUUUGUCAGCCGUGCUGGCUGAAUCCAGUGUGUUCUGCCAGAACGGGGCAGCAGAAUGACUGCGGGGCCAUGGGGGGAGCCCAGCUGCAGGUAACACAAGCCUGGGGGAGGGAACGACCUGUGGCUGUGAUGUGCACGCAACGGCAAUCCGAGCAGACAGGCAGAGACAGGAGAUAGUCACGGUCUGUGAAACAGCUGGACAAAAUGCUCCUUCUGUUCUGUUAGUUCCUUUAUCCUAACUCAGCACUGGGAGAGGUGUGGGCAGGCCCUGUGCUACCAGAGAUGCAGCCUCCAGCUGCACUGCUCCCAGUCCAGUUUGUCAUCCUGCAACUCAACUGGGAACACGGGACUGUGCUGGGCCUCUCAGCAUGGGCUUCAGCUUUUUAGAUUGAACUCCCCGUUAACGUGCACGCUGGAAUGUGGCUCAGAUGGCACUGUGGGGGUUUUGAAGAGCAGUUCUGUUGGUUUGUAAGGUGUUAUCCAGCAUAUGGGUGAGAAACUACGUAUGUAGGCUCAAAGCUGGGGUGAAAAACAGAUAGGAGCUGUUGUGGUAUGAAGGUAGAGCACGUUGAUUACUGCGUGCAGAAUUUUUCUGCUACUAUUUCCAUUGGUUAAUGCAGCUGGUGAAGAUGCUUGAGAUAAGGUAGAAAAAGGGAUGGGAGGAAAAGCAGAACUAGAGACGGGAAGCAGACAUGCAGCCCAGCUUCCUGCAGGGGCUGCUGAGGGCAUUGCCUUUUUGCUGGCCUCUUGUGGAGCACGCCGAGAACACGCAGACCAAGAUUAUAUUUUAUUUAAAGUAAACUACAAAAGGCAACUUGCCUCCUUCAGAAAGUCGGGCAGUCAAGUCACAGUUUGAUAGAAAAGGAAAGUGCCACACCGCGGGAGGAAAGAGCCCUACCACAGAGAGAAAACCUUCCCUGUGGGAUUUGGUAGGAUUAAUAAAUAACGCGUCACAAGCACGCCACUGCCCAGCUCCUGGCUGCAGGACACCUUGUAAACGGGUCAGGUGUGGGGAGGAGUGCUGAGCCCUGCUCCUGGGGCAUCCCCCGGCACUCAGUGUGGUAGCUUUGACUUGCUUGGGCACUGCUUCCUUUGCGGUUUCAGAAGAAAAGCUUGACUUUCUCCCUGCACAAAUACGAGGCUGAUUCUUUCCUCAGUACCAGCUCUGGCAAAAUCUCAAUGUAAGACUUUGGAAAGCUUUAUCUGUUAUCAGAGCUGCUCAGGACGCCACGCCUGCAAAGCUCGCAGUCCGGGACUUUCUCUCCUACCAGGUAAGAAGAUGAGCCAAGGAAGGAAGGCCAGGAAAUUUCUUGCUGCACUGGUGAGCGCUGCUGCCAAGCAGUGUAAGGAUUUCCUUGCUCCUUUCUUACCCUUGCUCCCCAUUUAUUUAUCCAGUAUCACUGAGACACCUGCUCAGCACAUAGCCUGUGCUGGGCUCCAUGAAAGCCUUUCCUGCUCCGUGACAGACUUGCAGGUAUUGUUACUCAUACAGUACUGUCUGGGUUUUAACUUCUAACUAGUACAACUAGCACCUGAAAAUGCUGGCCCUGGUGUUUAAAACACCUUUAAAAAAAAACAGAAAACAACAAACGUAUUUUGAAGGAACGUGUAAGGCCAUUUUUAAAAGUGCAAGAGAAGCUUGAACUGACCUUUGUAGAUUGUAAAACUGCUUUGCUAUAGCGAUUAACAGUUAACAAAAACUAUGCUGGUAGUGGUAAGGAAUUAGUUGAAGGCAUUUUCCAUUGUCCAGUCUGGUAAGACAGGAAAAAAAAACCAGCCUGGAUGGCACAAGCUGGGCAGUGCUGUCUGCAGCCAAGAAGUGAUCUCCCACAGCUCCCAGGAACUUGGAGGGGGCCUUUAACGGCUCACCCAGGAAGGAGCACGGACCUCAGAACCCUUGGAUUCAGGGUAAGGACUUAAAAAAAAUAAAAAAUUAAAUGGUUUGGCUCACAGCCUUUUCACUGUUAAAUCAAAACCUUGGUCCUACCUGAGGACUGCUCUUACAGAGCCAGCAGUGGGAGCUCCCCCUUCCUUGAAAGCAGCUCCUGUUUGGCUCUGCCAUGGGCAAGUCAUGUUAGC